AUGGCUGCCUCAACAAUGGCUCUCGCUUCCCCAUCGCUGGCCGGAAAGGCGGUGAAACUAUCGCCAUCUGCCCCGGAGAUCCAAGGAAAUGGAAGGGUCUCUAUGAGGAAAACUGCGACCAACGCCUUUUCAUCUGGCAGCCCAUGGUAUGGCCCAGACCGUGUCAAGUACUUGGGUCCGUUCUCCGGUGAGCCUCCAAGCUACCUCACUGGUGAAUUCCCCGGUGACUAUGGGUGGGACACUGCUGGGCUUUCAGCUGACCCAGAAACCUUUGCCAAGAACCGUGAGCUCGAGGUGAUCCACUGCAGAUGGGCCAUGCUUGGAGCUCUUGGGUGCGUCUUCCCCGAACUCUUGGCCCGCAAUGGCGUCAAGUUUGGUGAGGCGGUGUGGUUCAAGGCCGGAUCCCAAAUCUUUAGCGAGGGUGGCCUUGACUACUUGGGCAACCCAAGCUUGGUCCAUGCUCAAAGCAUUUUGGCCAUUUGGGCUUGUCAAGUUAUCUUGAUGGGUGCUGUUGAGGGCUACCGUAUUGCUGGUGGUCCGCUCGGUGAGGUGAUUGACCCACUUUACCCAGGUGGAAGCUUUGAUCCAUUGGGCCUUGCCGACGAUCCCGAGGCUUUCGCUGAGCUAAAGGUGAAGGAGAUCAAGAAUGGCAGACUAGCCAUGUUCUCCAUGUUUGGUUUCUUUGUACAGGCCAUUGUGACUGGCAAGGGUCCAUUGGAGAACCUUGCUGACCACCUUGCUGAUCCUGUCAACAACAAUGUCUGGGCCUAUGCAACCAACUUCGUCCCCGGAAAGUGAGUGCAAGAAUUGGAAUGAGUUGUGAUCCAUGAUGAGGGUUUAAUUCUCUAACAUUUGGGUGUGAAUUUGAAAGUGAUGUUUGGUGUAUAGUAGUUUGUGCUAUGCAAAGCAUUUGAAAUUUGUGCAUCUACUGAGUUAAUGUUCUAAAUUUUUUAACUUGAUUUCGAUUUUAU